AUGUACACUCCGAGAAGAAAAAGGGUGCUCGAGUAUUAUUAUUCACAAUUGCAUAAUGGAGCGCACAUCGGAACCGAAAAGAGUGGACCGCAAGAAGGCGUCAAACGACAACAAGAGCGACAACAACACGAUCAACAGCAAGAUCAAUGGAAAAUCAUAAUCGCAGAGCUGGAGGACGAAUUGAGGAAUGCGAAGAAACGCGGGGAAACUCUAAGCGAAGAGAAAUCGGACCAGGUUCGCAAAACCCAGAAUGAAUUAGAAGUAACAAAGAGGAAAUUAGAGGAUGAAGAGUUGGAGAGCAACAAGUUGAGGAGGAGACUGAUCGCAUCGCAGCAAGAACUCAACGACAACAAGCUUAAGAUAGAGAUGAUCCUCGAGAAGUACGAUAACGCGGCGAAGGAGAUUAAAUUCCUGAAGGAACAAGUCACGACGAAUAGCUUCUCGAGACCACGUAACGAAACACAGAAGGAAGUCAGAAUAAUAAAUGGAAAUGUACAGGAUGGGGCAAAUACCAGCACCGGAAGGACAUCCAUCGAACGGCUACCGACUUCAAGAACGCGUAAGUAUUUGGGCGAAAAGUGGGAAGAACCAAGAAAGGAAGAAGUCAGAAGAUAUCAUGAAGAGACGCAAGAAAUAGUCGAUAAUGAGUCAGUAAAAGAUCAGAGAGACUGAGAGAGAGGAGAUAGAAAAAGUCCGUCACGAAGCGCCAUGAUACCAAUCAGAGACACCUUCUUGAACCUCUUUUUGGCAUUUCCAUUAUCGUGCUGGCGAUGACGCCCAUUCAUUUUCUGUUGGCCGUCUACCUCAUGCUAUUUUCUUUCGUUAAUCCUACAGACGGAGGAACAUCUCUCUUCGGAACAGACGUAAGUUUAUGAGAUGAUAGUGAACUUGUUGAAAAAUAUGGAACAUUUCAGACAUAGUGACAUGGCAGUGA